AUUGAUCCUCCUCUUCGUCGUCUCAACUCUCGACACUUCAAACUAUUUUCCAAAUAUUGAUUGCUGUCACGCUAUUUAGGCCCCCUUCCCUCUCUCUCUCUCCCUCGCGCACUACACACGCUCAAACAGACUGCAACAACUUCUACCCUUGUGGCUUUGGGUUGUCUACAGUCCAUUUGUCUUGUAAUCUUCUUGCAGCAUUUUAAAGAUGCCUGAGGGAAUAUCAGCUGAGGAUCUUAUCAGCAAUGUCAUGGAAACACUUUCCGAUGGUGUGUCCAAACAUAAAUCUGUGUCAUUUUUUGAGGAGCAGAAAUCAAGCUCAGUCUCUUCUCAGUUAAACAGAUUGUUUGGACGCCAGAAACCAGUUCAUCAUAUUUUAGGGGGUGGGAAAUCUGCUGAUGUCCUGUUGUGGAGAAAUAAGAAGAUCUCAGCUGGUGUUCUUGCUGGUGCUACAGCUGUUUGGGUGCUUUUUGAAUGGCUCAACUACCAUUUUCUCUCUUUGAUAUGCUUUGCCCUGAUUUUUGUCAUGGUUGCUCAGUUUGUUUGGUCAAAUGCUUCAGGCGUUUUAAACAAAUCUCGAUCUGAAGUCCCACGCUUUGUUCUGCCUGAGGAGCUUUUUGUCAAUGUUGCUAAGACCACAAGUAUUCAGGUCAACCAGGCUCUGGGCUUCCUUCAGGACACCGCAUGUGGAGGAGACAUCAAGCAGUUUCUGAUGGUUAUACUGAGCUUAUUUGCUGUUGCCGUGAUUUCAAGCUGGUGCAACUUCAUGACUAUUCUGUUUAUAGGCUUUGUUGGUGCCCACACGCUACCAGUUGUGUAUGAGAAGUAUGAAGAUGAGAUUGAUGGCUUCGUACAAAAUGCCCUCGAACAGCUACAAGGCCGUUAUCGAAAGAUGGAUACUGGCUUCCUUAGCAGAAUUUCGAGGGCAAGUUUCAAGGGGAAGAAGCAUGAAUAGAUUACAUCUAUUCUGCAGACAGACAGAUGCAGCAACUUAUGUACACAAUUGAUUGCCAACUUGAACUCAAUGUUGUAUCUUUGUAGAGAAUGUAGCAUCUGUACCUUGCAUUAGUUGCUUUGCUUGAAUUCACCCUCAAAAAAUGGUACUGAGCUGUUUCAUUGAAGUCAAUCAUCUUGUAACUAGACAUUCUGAUGUUUGGCUGAAUUUGGAAUUGACAGUAAAUACACAAAUAAUGGAAUUGGAAUGUUUUAUAGUGUGACA